AUGGCUGCGUGCGAGACCGGGCCAGGCUUGGGCGAGGCGCUCGGGGCGCUGGCUGACCGCGGCCUACUCGGGAAGACCAGGCUGCACCUGCUGGACGCGCACGAGGUCGUGGCGCUGCUGCGGAACGGCGCGGUGACCCCCCUGGAGCUCGUGGACGUUGUGGAGGCCCGUUGGGCGGCCACCGAGCCGCUGGUGCACGCCACCCCAAUCCCGUGCUUCGAGCGCGCGCGCGAGGCGGCGUCUGUGAUGAGUCACCCGCGAGUGCCACCGCCAGGGUACCUGCACGGACUACCCGUGCUGGUGAAGGACGCCGAGGCGGUCGCGGACGUCCGCUUUACCGAAGGCUCGCCCAUCCACGCGGACCGCGUGCCCGAGCGCAGCAGCGAUCUGGUACUGCAGUUGGAAAGCAAAGGGGCGGUCGUGGUGGGGAAGACCAACGUGCCCGACUGCCAGUGCUGGCUGGCCACUGGCUCGGACCUGGGCGGCUCGCUGCGCACACCCGCCGCCUUCUGCGGCGUGGUGGGCUUCCGGCCCUCGCCCGGCGUGGUCAUCCGCUCCAGCGGCGGGAGGCGCUCUGGGCCCCGACGAGGGCUCCACGCGACGAACGGGCCCAUGGGCCGCUGCGUGCGGGACGUCGCCCUGCUCCUGGACACCAUGUGCGGCAGCAGCGGGUGGGAUUUUGCGUCCCCAGGGCCGCUUGGUGGCACGCGGUGGGAGGAGGCGGCCGCCAGCAGCGGGGCCCACGGCACCCCGCUCCGCGUGGCGUUCUCGACGCUCGGCUGCCAGGUGGAGCCCGCCGUGGAGCGCCUGAGCAGGCGGGCCGCCAGCGCCCUGGCGCGCGUCGGCGCCAGCGAGGCAGCGGUGGACGAGAUCGACGGAGAGAGCGUGGACUUCGGCAGGGCAUGGCGGGCCUUCUGCGUGCUGCGCGGCGAGUCGUUCGCAGCUGACUUCGAGGAGACGCUGCGAGAUCCCGCGCGCCGGGCGCUGCUGAAGCCGGAGAUCCAUUGGAACGCCGAGAUCGGCAGGGUGCCCGAGGCUCCCGCGAUGGUCGCCUCUGCGAGGGAUGACCUGGACGCCCUGUGCGUGGAGGUGGAGGCCUUGUUCGGCCGGUACGACGUGCUGUGCACGCCGGCGACACUGGACGCCGCCUUCGACGCCGGGGUGCGCUAUCCCUCCGAGCAGCUCGGCCAGGCCUUCCCCGACUACCUCGCGUGGAUGAGGCCCGCGUGCGUCGUCAGCGUCAUGCCCUGCCCGGCGCUGGUGCUGCCCUGCGGCUUCCUGCCCGACGGCCGCCCGGUGGGCCUCCAGCUGGUGGGCGCGCCGGGCGCGGACUUCGCGGUGCUCCGCGCCGCGGCCGUGCUCGAGGCGGCCCUGGCCCUGCCGCGGGCCUGCCCGGAGCCGCGGCGCGGCGAUGCGCCGCUCGGGACGGUCGGCCCGAGGACCGCGGAGGAGGCGCGGGCCCACCACGAGGGCGGCGUGCGCCGCUUCGUCCAGAGGUUCCGCGGGGCCGCGGCGGGCUAG